AAACCCCGUACGUACAGUGGAGCAGCAGAGAUCGCGUCGUUACGUCUUCGCCAUUUUCUUUCACCGGGAGUAAAGAACCUGAAAAAGCACCGGGGAUUUUAUUUACCUUUCAUUACCUGGAGCUCCUUCAUCACGGCGGAUCCGCAUCGUGCAGGUUAGAUCAGCAUGAUGUCUGGAGACAUGGCCACAGAUCAUUUGAACGGCAACGGAAACGUUUCUGAGGAGCCGAUGGACACCACCGAGGUGACCCGCUCCGAACACUUCCCAGCUCUCCUGGAGGCUGGUUUACCUCAAAACGUGGCUGAGAAGCUAGAUGAACUUUAUGUAGCAGGCCUGGUAGCGCACAGCGACCUGGACGAGCGGGCGAUCGAAGCUUUGAAAGAGUUCAACGAGGACGGAGCCCUGCAGGUGCUCGCCCAGUUCAAAGAGAGCGACCUGUCACACGUGCAAAACAAAAGUGCCUUCCUGUGCGGCGUGAUGAAGACGUACCGGCAGCGGGAGAAACAAGGGACUAAAGUCACAGACGCCACUAAAGGGCCCGAUGAGGCGAAGAUCAAGGAGCUCCUGGACCGCACCAACUACACACUCGACGUCACAACGGGACAGCGGAAGUACGGAGGGCCCCCACCGGAGCCCAUUUACUCCGGGGCCCAACCCAACAUCGGGACAGAGAUAUUUGUCGGGAAGAUUCCCCGGGACUUGUUUGAAGACGAGCUGGUUCCCCUCUUUGAGAAGGCUGGACCUAUCUGGGACCUGAGGCUCAUGAUGGACCCGCUGAGCGGCCUGAACCGCGGCUAUGCCUUCGUCACGUUCUGCACCAAAGAGGCGGCGCAGGAGGCCGUCAAGCUGUGCAAUAACCAUGAGAUUCGCUCUGGUAAACACAUCGGGGUGUGUAUAUCCGUGGCCAACAACAGGCUAUUCGUUGGCUCCAUUCCCAAGAGUAAAACGAAGGAGCAGAUCGUGGAGGAGUUUUCUAAAGUCACAGAGGGUCUCAGUGACGUCAUUCUGUACCAUCAACCCGACGACAAGAAGAAGAACCGGGGCUUCUGCUUCUUGGAGUACGAGGAUCACAAAACGGCAGCUCAGGCUCGCCGCCGGUUAAUGAGCGGCAAGGUGAAGGUGUGGGGGAACGUGGUGACGGUGGAGUGGGCCGACCCCAUCGAAGACCCCGACCCUGAGGUCAUGGCAAAGGUGAAGGUUUUAUUCGUGAGGAAUCUUGCUGCCGGAGUCACAGAGGAGCUCCUGGAGACGUCCUUCGGCGAGUUCGGGAAACUGGAGCGUGUGAAGAAACUCAAAGACUACGCCUUCAUCCACUUCGAGGAGAGGGACGGCGCAGUGAAGGCGUUGGACGAGAUGAACGGGAAGGAGAUGGAGGGCGAGCGGAUCGAGAUUGUUUUUGCAAAGCCUCCAGAUCAGAAGAGGAAGGAGCGCAAAGCCCAGAGACAAGCAGCCAAAACCGUGAUGUACGACGAUUAUUACUACUAUCCUCCCCCCUCCCACAUGCCUCCCCCAGUCAGAGGCCGGGGCCGAGGUGGCAACCGCGGCGGCUACGGUAACUACCCGCCCGACUACUACGGCGGCUACGAGGACUACUAUGACUACUACGGCUACGACUAUCACAACUACCGCGGCGGCUACGACGACCCGUACUACAGCUACGAGGACUUCCAAGCGCCCAGUCGGGGGCGAGGCGGCGGCAGGGGCCCCAGAGGAGGGUCCUCUCCGGCCAGGGGACGGGGCAUCGGGGCGCCCAGAGGACGGGGUGGAUUCUCCCCACGAGGCGGACCCGGGAUGGGACGCGGCGGCGGGCGUGGAGCGCGAGGAGGCCUGCAGCUGAGAGGGCGAGGAGGGGUACGUGGUGCUCGGGGUGGCCGCGGUGGAAAUGUAGGAGGAAAGCGCAAAGCUGAUGGGUACAACCAGCCCGAUUCCAAGCGGCGCCAAACCAAUAAUCAGAACUGGGGCUCUCAACCCAUUGCUCAGCAACCGCUCCAAGGCGGUGAUCAUUCUGGAAAAAGAGGGGGAGGCUGGUCCUGAUGUGUCCCUAUGAAGACUGACCCAGUGUGAGGCUCUGCUGCACACUUUCUGCUGCACACCGGGGAGGACAUGGUAAGGUCAAUGACUCAGUGGUCCAAACGUUAUCCAGCCUUUUUUAUAUGGGAGCCACGUCUCCUAAAAACUGCCAUGCUCCGAGAUAAUCAAGAACUUCCUUUUGAUUUUUGUUUUAAUUCCCCCAAAAUGCCAUUUUAGACUUCCUGAGUUCAUGGUGUUGAAGUCUUCGCACUUUUUUAGAAGUUUGGUGUGCUUUACUUCAUGCCAUCUUCUAGUUACGUUAAGCUCUUAAAGGGACAGUUCACCCAGCAUUUAGAAAUACCUAUUUGUACUUUACCCAGUUGUACUGUUUAUCAACUUGAGAUUGUUUAGAUGUGAGUUACUGACUUGUUCACAGAAAUGUCUUCCUUCUCUCCGACAUAAAGGAACUAGAUGGCACAAAUGUCUCUCUUCAGUCAUUCGGACCCAGCUACUUGAGAUAAUGCACAGACUUUGUUGUGAGGACUUUAAUUUAGGAUUUUUCUUCUGAACUACACCUGCUUACUAUUGAUAUUUAAGGUGUAUGUCAGUAGAAAUUAAAUAAUCCGUACCAAAAUAUUGUCAACAUGCUUUCUUCUCUGAUUUUGUUGUGAGUUUAUGCAUUUUCUCAGAUAAGUGGUAAAUAUGAGAACGUUUAGGAGGAAAAUGAUAAGGAAAGUCUCGAAUAUAUAUAUAUUUAUAUGGUAAAAAUUAGAGCAGUUAAAUUACAAGACAAACACUAACAAAUUCCUCAGAAAAAGCUCAAAUAUUAUCUACGAUUUAAUAUUAAAUAUGUUAAAUAUUCUCUGAAUAAAGGGAUAGAUUUUUUAUAAGAAAAUCUCCGAAUACUCUCCGAGAUAAAAGCAAAGCUGUACGAUGAAAACCUCAAAUAUUCAGUUUCAUUAAAGCAGUGAAUUUACAAAACAUUUAUGAGAAAGAACUAAAGUAUUAUUUCAUAUUGAAGUGGUGAAUUUAUUGGAAAUAUACCAGAAAAAAACCAAAUAUUCUGAAAGUAAACUGGUAAAUAUUCGAGAAAUGUUUUUAAAAAAUGUACUAAAAGAAAUCCAAAUAUGCUUUUAAGAUUAAAGCGAUUAAUUUACUAAAUAAAUACAAUUCAUCAGAGUAAAAUCCAGAUAUUCAGUGAGACCAAAGUGUUACAUUUGCAAGAAGAAACUAAAAAAUUCAUUGAUAUUAAAGUGGGUAAUUUAAAGGAAAUGAAUCUGAAAUUAACUUUGAAAACCUCAAAUAUUUCCUGAGAUUAAAGUGAAAAAUAUGAGAAGAAAUUACGAAGAGGAAAACUAUAAAUUCCUUAGAAAAAGUCAGAUAUUCUCUCAAAUGACUAAUGAAUAUAUGAAAGACCAGUGCCAUGUAGUUCCUCAUAACCAGGAGAGAAACCAAACAAUCUCAAUCUGCAAAUAACAUAUUUAUUUUGGGGUGAACUGCCCCCCGUUUGGAAAUCUAGAUCUCUAAGAUAAGACCUGAUGACCUCUGAUUAUCAGAGAUGCUGUUUCUGCCCCCUCCCCCCCUCCCCCCCAGAGGUUUGCACAGGAAACCCCAACAGGAGCACUUGAUGACUUAGAGCUCAGCUGAUCGUCCUGAAAGGAGCCCUGCUGUCUCAUGGCAGAGUGUUAGUGCCAUUGUGGAUUUGAAACAAAGCCUGGUGAGGGGAAGUAUUCCGAAAAAAUGGUUCUUUUAAAGGAAUAAAGUGGCACAUUUACAAGGACUAAAUGUAUAUAUUUUAAGUUAUUUUUUGGGGGGCUUUUUGCCUUUAAUCGGAUAGGACAGUGGAGAGUGACAGGAAAGUGGGAGGGAGAGUCGGGGUGGGAUCCUGAAAGGACCACGGGUCGGGAAUCGAACCCGGGAACCUCACGUACGGUGCAGGUGCCCCAGCCAGUUGCGCCACGGCCGAGGCCGAAAAAAAACUACAUAUUUUAAGAUUAAAAUGACUUAUUUUGAUGAGAAUUAUUAAUAUUCUUUUAAAUAACUACUUUCUGCCGUAGUUCUCCUGAUUUUACACAUUUGAAUGAUAUGUUGUUUUUCUGGCAGAUUUCACACUUUUAUCUUACAUAGGAUUUAUCUCCAAAUGAACCCCAGUUAAAGUCACAUUCUAUGGGAAAAUAGAUCUGUUUUUUAGCACUCACAUCUAAACUUAAUUCAGGAAACACAUUUUUUAAUUUCUGAAUUACAUUUUGGGGAAUUUUGAUGACUUUACAAUUUCAGAUAAUACAUUUUAUGUUUCUUAUAAAUUCCAUUUCUAGUUAAUAGACCCAGUUUAAUCCCGGAUAUUAUCCACGUUUCUUCCUUGUAAAUGUGCCACUUUAAUCUUGAUUUAUUUUCCUUUCCCUGCUCUGUAUUGUAUUUUAUACUACAGCGGCCCUAACACUGUGUCCGAUGAUGGAGUGAUGUCGUUUACAGACAGAAGCUGUUUUGUAAAAUGGAAAGAAACCUUUGUCUUCCAAGAUGGGAAAGCUGUCCUGUUUGUUAUUAUUUGUACCCAUCGAUGUGUUUCUUUCUGAGGCUCUGCACAAACAUUAAGGAUCUCUCUUUCCAGUUGCUUAAAGUUUAGAAAUAAACAUGGCAUGUUUUCAUUUAAGCAUGGUGAUACAUUUCAAAUUGUAGACUGAUUCUUAUCAUGCCGUAUCUGUUGUUGUGACGCUCUAGAGGAGCCUGCUGUUAGUUCAUGUAUUCAGUGUACGCAUCAUACUGGAAAUCCACGUGUUGGGGGUUUAAAGGAGGAAAUCCAUCCUAAUGUUUUUAGAAUUCAUGGUAAAAAUAACUUAAUUUUGGGAUCUAAUUUGCAUUUUAAGGAAAAUAUUGGUUCACGGGAGGUGUGUUUGAAACGUCCUGAAGAUUAAUGGUAGAGGUAAAGCGAAAACUCCUCCAACUUUUAUCUAGCGUGUAAAAAAUGUCUCAAUUUUAAGUUAUUUUUAGAAACGAAUCAAUACUUCUGGACUGAAAAAAUACUGAAAAGCACCAGGUUUGUCAGGGUUUUUGUAUUAUGUGACAUUUUGUCAUGUUUUGGGUGUUUUUCCCCUGAAGUCACAAGGAAAGUCCUUUGCACACAACCCUAACUCUUCCAGGUGUGUGGUGAAAAGCAUUCUGGGAUUUGUAGGAGAUCACACCGUGAGUUUAUGCAUCUUAGUCACAUUUUUUAGGUUGGAUUUCUCCUUUAAGCUCUCUUUAAUCAUCAUUAGUGUGUAAUAAUAGACUCUUUUCUCCAUUAAAUGUGUUUUUAAAUCUGAUUAGCACUCUUCCCGUUCAGAGAGGAUCGUUCAGCUUGUUCUUUAUUUUUAUUUGUGAAAAAGAGCCUGAUGACUUUUGUUUUUCAUACUAGUGUUGACUCACCAGAGUCAAGAAUGAUGUAUUUUAUUUUUUUGCUAACAAGUGUGUUUGCAUUCUUGCAAAUGAAUUGUUUUAUACUGUACAGUGAGGUGCGUUAAACCUAUUUUUCUAAUAAAGUUAUUGACUUUGA